AUGGCCCUCUCACUCUCAGUGCCCUUCGCCUUUGUCUCCUUACUUUUCCUCACUCUGACUCAAAACAUCGUCCAUUCCCAGUUAACUCAGCCACCUUUCGCUUGCGAUUUCUCCAACCCAUCAUCCAAAUCCUACCCAUUUUGCAACCCAAAGCUUCCCAUCACUCAACGAACCAGAGACCUUGUCUCCAGACUCACAUUGGACGAGAAACUCGCCCAACUCGUGAACUCGGCCCCUCCGAUUCCACGACUCGGUAUUCCCGCUUACGAGUGGUGGAGUGAAGCACUGCAUGGGAUUGGCAACGUUGGUCGUGGCAUCCACUUCAAUGGCGCUAUCUCAUCUGCUACUAGUUUCCCUCAAGUCAUCCUCACCGCAGCUACCUUUGACUCCCACCUUUGGUACCAAAUCGGUCAGGCCAUUGGAAUUGAAGCGAGAGCAAUAUACAAUGCUGGACAAGCAAACGGGAUGACAUUCUGGGCUCCUAACAUUAACAUAUUUAGGGACCCAAGAUGGGGUAGAGGACAAGAGACAGCUGGCGAAGAUCCAUUGGUUACUUCAAAGUAUGCAGUUUCCUAUGUGAGAGGGCUUCAAGGGGAUUCAUUCCAAGGAGGGAAAUUGAGGGGACAUCUUCAAGCUUCGGCUUGCUGCAAGCAUUUUACGGCCUAUGAUUUGGACAAUUGGAAGGGUGUCAAUCGCUUUGUCUUCGAUGCACGCGUCACUUUGCAAGAUUUAGCGGACACAUAUCAGCCUCCAUUUCGGAGUUGCGUACAGCAAGGACGAGCUAGUGGGAUAAUGUGUGCUUACAACCGUGUCAAUGGGGUUCCAAACUGUGCAGAUUAUAAUCUCUUAACCAAAAUCGCCAGAAAACAAUGGGAUUUCCACGGGUAUAUUACGUCGGAUUGCGGAGCAGUUGCGAUCAUACAUGACGAGCAAAGAUAUGCGAAGUCAGCAGAGGAUGCUGUAGCAGAUGUUCUUCGGGCUGGGAUGGAUUUGGAAUGCGGUAAUUAUUUGACGGGCCAUGCUAAAUCAGCAGUGUUGCAGAAAAAAUUACCUAUAUCUCAAAUAGACCGUGCCCUUCACAAUCUGUUUUCUAUUAGAAUAAGGCUAGGCUUAUUUGAUGGAAAUCCAACCAAGCUCUCAUUUGGCUUGAUUGGUCCCAAUCAUGUAUGUUCCAAAGAGCACCAGUAUGUUGCUCUUGAAGCUGCAAGAAAUGGCAUUGUCCUUUUGAAGAACACUAACGCACUACUCCCACUUCCCAAAACAAGCCCCAGUAUCUCCUUAGCAGUCAUAGGUCCCAAUGCAAAUGCUUCCCCUCUAACUCUUCUAGGAAACUAUGCUGGCCCUCCUUGUAAAUAUGUGACAAUAUUACAAGGGUUUCAACACUAUGUUAAGAACACAGUUUAUCAUCCUGGCUGUGAUGGUGGACCAAAGUGUCCUUCGGCUCAAAUAAACCAGGCAGUGGAAGUUGCAAAAAAGGUGGAUUAUGUCGUGCUGAUUAUGGGAUUGGAUCAAAGUGAAGAGAGGGAAGAACGUGAUCGCAUUCACUUAGACUUGCCAGGCAAGCAACAAGAACUCAUCAACAGCGUUGCCAAAGCUUCUAAGAGACCAGUUAUUUUGGUGCUCCUUUGUGGAGGUCCUGUAGAUAUCAGUUCAGCCAAGUAUGACAACCAAAUUGGAGGCAUCCUAUGGGCUGGUUAUCCGGGGGAACAAGGAAGCAUUGCACUUGCACAGAUUAUCUUUGGUGAUCACAACCCAGGUGGAAGAUUACCAAUUACUUGGUAUCCAAAAGAUUACAUCAAAGUACCAAUGACAGACAUGAGGAUGCGAGCUGAUCCGUCAAAUGGUUAUCCUGGGAGAACUUACCGGUUUUACAAGGGUCCAAAGGUGUAUGAAUUUGGCUAUGGACUAAGCUACUCAAAAUACUCCUAUGAGUUUGUUUCUGUUACACAUGACAAGCUUCACUUCAAUCAAUCAUCCACACAUUUGAUGGUUGAAAAUUCAGAAACCAUAAGGUACAAAUUAGUUUCGGAGUUGGGUGAAGAAACCUGCCAAAGCAUGUCGGUUUCAGUCACCGUUGGAGUUAAAAAUCAUGGUAGCAUGGUGGGAAAGCAUCCAGUGUUGUUAUUUAUGAGACCGGGAAAACAGAAAACUGGAAGUCCUGUGAAACAGUUGGUGGGUUUUAAGAGUGUGAUGCUAGAUGCAGGGGAAAUGAAUCAAGUUGGAUUUGAGCUAAGCCCUUGCGAGCAUCUUAGUAGAGCAAACGAGGCUGGUUUAAAUGUAAUAGAAGAAGGGUCUCAUUUCUUGCUUGUGGGUGAUGAAGAGUAUCCAAUAGAUAUUAUUGUCUGAUGUUACAAAUUUAAUUCUUCAACAUGGUAAAGCUAAUUUAGUGAACCUGUUUAUGAAACAUGAUUCACUUUGGGAUUAUGAGGCUAAUAAAUGUAUUACAAUUCGAUUCCUAUUCGCAUCUGAAAUUCAGAUGAACGAAGCAUUAUUUCAGUAUGUUGUACGU